UGGUACGUCCCCCCGGUGUAGUGGCCGGUGUUGGGCGACCGCCGUCUCAGAGCGGGGAGCAGUGCGAAGCCCCCGCGGCGGUGGGACGGCGGCGGAGAGUGACUUCACGACGGCCCCAUGUUUUCCCCCAGCCAGGAGGAGCACUGCGCGCCCAACAAGGAGCCCGUCAAGUACGGGGAGCUGGUGGUGCUGGGGUAUAAUGGAUCCCUCCCUAAUGGUGACAGAGGGCGCAGGAAAAGCAGAUUUGCCCUUUAUAAGCGACCGAAGGCAAACGGAGUUAAGCCCAGCACUGUUCAUGUGAUUUCUACUCCUCAAGCAUCAAAGGCAAUCAGCUGUAAAGGUCAGCACAGUAUCUCUUACACGUUAUCCAGAAACCAGACUGUUGUAGUGGAGUAUACUCAUGAUAAAGAUACAGACAUGUUUCAGGUUGGGAGAUCAACAGAAAGCCCCAUAGACUUUGUAGUAACAGAUACUAUUUCUGGAAGUCAAAAUAACGAUGAAACCCAGAUUACCCAAAGCACCAUAUCCCGUUUUGCAUGCAGGAUUGUCUGUGACAGGAGCCCACCAUAUACAGCAAGGAUUUUUGCAGCUGGAUUCGACUCAUCUAAAAAUAUAUUUCUUGGUGAAAAAGCGGCAAAGUGGAAAAAUCCUGAUGGCCAUAUGGAUGGAUUGACAACUAAUGGGGUGCUGGUUAUGCAUCCAAAAGGAGGGUUCACGGAGGAGUCUAAACCUGGAGUUUGGCGGGAAAUCUCAGUCUGUGGUGAUGUGUACACUCUCCGGGAAACCAGAUCUGCUCAACAAAGGGGGAAACUGGUAGAGAACGAGACCAAUGUCCUACAAGAUGGCUCACUCAUUGACCUGUGUGGAGCCACCCUUCUGUGGAGAACAGCAGAUGGACUGUUUCACACUCCAACUCAGAAACACAUUGAAGCUCUGCGACAGGAGAUAAAUGCUGCCAGACCACAAUGUCCUGUUGGGUUAAACACUUUAGCAUUUCCCAGCAUCAACCGUAAAGAUGUGGUAGAAGAGAAACAGCCAUGGGCAUACCUCAGCUGUGGUCAUGUUCAUGGCUAUCACAACUGGGGACAUCGCAGUGACACAGAAGCGAAUGAGCGGGAAUGUCCUAUGUGCAGAACCAUUGGCCCCUAUGUGCCUCUCUGGCUUGGUUGUGAAGCAGGCUUUUAUGUGGAUGCUGGUCCUCCAACUCAUGCUUUUACCCCAUGUGGACAUGUGUGCUCUGAGAAGUCUGCAAAAUACUGGUCUCAAAUUCCCCUGCCUCAUGGUACUCAUGCAUUUCAUGCUGCGUGCCCUUUUUGUGCAACACAACUGUCUGGGGAGCACAACUGCAUCAAGCUAAUUUUUCAGGGUCCAGUUGACUGAUACCACUUUACAAUGACCACAAUAACAUUUUCUUUAACAAUUUACUGUGAAGAUUUUGCCACUAACUCUAAAUUUUACCUUUUUUUAUAAUGUUAUUAAUAGGGUGGUAGGGUGGGGAUGGGGAGCUGACAAAGGAAAUUGUGAGGGACUGUGGUGGAAUUGGGAUACAUUGAUACCUGGAACUUGACAGAUAUCAGUGGUGCUGCAUGCUCAAAAGCAGCAUAUUCAUGAAGUCUUCUUGGUCCAAUUGUAGUAUAUUUGUAAUCUUUUUAUUAGUACCCUGGAUCAGAAAAAGGUGUCUUAAUGAUUUUUUUAAGCUAAGAUUUUUUAAUGGAAAGGUUUUUUCUUCUAAACUUCGACAAGCCUUUAAAGCCUAUUUUUCAAAUCUAGAAGGAACAUACAGAAUGUAACUGUCUUUAAUUUGCAAUAUAAUUUAUCUGGAAUAGUUUCUCAAGGAGCUAAUACAGAAUGUGUGGACAGCCAUAGGUGAAUGUUCACUAGAGAUAAUUGGAUAUGUAAGAGAAAAAUCAGCUGUCUAAAUUGUAGAGUAUAAAAGCUAUUAAAAUAUCUAUUAUGGUAUAACACAGCUGGCCAAAAAGGCAUCAAAGAUUACUUGAAACUGAGGAAAUCCUGUUUGCACCGAUUUCCUUUCAGUGUAAGAUAUCCACUGUUCAUUAUGUAUGGUAUAUGUCUGAUUUUUAUUUUUCCUCUGCUUUCCCCCACUUUAACCUGCAUCUGGUGAAACUGCUUUACUUUUUUUACAUACUUAAUUCUGGGUUUUAAGCCAGUUUUCUGUAUAUGUGUAGUCCAGCCUUUUUAUUUCUGCUUAACUUAGCUUGCCCUAACUGCUCCUUGCAUGCCCAGGACCAUUGGGUUCAUUGAGAUGUAGCAGGCCUUUAAAAACUGCAUUAAUGAAGAGGUAGUGCUGCAGCAAAACAGAAGGUUUAGGUGCAACUUACACAGAUCUACGUAGACCUAAAUUCAGGAAAGCACUUAAUUUGUGUUUAGAUCUAAACCCAUUGAUGGGACUACUUAGAUUAUCAAGUGCUUCAGUGGAUUGUGGUUAUAUGCUGUUAUGCUUUGACAUAAAAAAGCAAUUAGGAGUCGGGUUUUUUUUUAAUCUCACUUACUAGCCAAAACGCUGUAAGGAGAGUGUCAAUUCUAGUUCAUCUGAGUAUUUUUGUUCAGUUUUCAACCUGCUCCCAUCUGUUACCUUUUUUUGCAGAUCGAGCUGUGUUUGUAUCCAUUAUUUUUUUUCAAAUGUGUGCAAAUCAAACAACAUUCAAAUGUAAUCAAAUAUAUGCACCAGGGUGGUACAUCUGAAGUGGAUCACUUGAAAUUCCUCACUUUUUGAGAGCUGAUAAAAAUGUUUACUGUGGAAAAAAUUAAAUCAGAAUUUCAUGAGAUGUUCCCUGCCCACUGUUAGUUUCAUUUCAUACAGGAUGGUAACACUUUGAUUUGUGAUUUAAUUUGUUUUUUUUUCUUUUGCUUUCUGUACUUUUGGUAUCUGAGGUAUCAAUCUAUCCAGGUUAAAAAAAAAAAAAGUAAAGAAUUUGAGAGAAAACUGUAACAUCUUUAGAUGAAAUUGAUCAUUCAAGCUCAGUUCUGUUUAAUCAACUAUAGCUCUUUGCUAUAUUUGUGCCCUUUGUAUAAAUACAUAAUUUAUAUGAUUUUAAUAUAUUCUGUAUAUAUAUACUUGAAUUGGCCUGUUCAUAUUUUGGUUGUAAAGUUGUUUUAUAGUUAACCUUAUAAACAUUUUACGUGUCCCUUGCCAGUGGUGCAGGGACAUACUUUGUCUGCUGCUGUUUUUAGUAUGAUUGUGCUGUAUAAAUGUUCAGCAUUUUAAUAAUUUGGGAAUAGCUUUUCUUUUUAUGCUUUUGCUGUUCAAAAAAAAAAGAAAAUCUGCAGCAUUUUCUCUAAAUAUCCCAAACUGUUCAGUUUUUGUCCCACUCAGUGAUUGGAAAUAGGGUGAAUCUUGUUAAUCUAAAACUAUAUGCUUCUUCCUAGUGCCUUUUCAAUGAGAUCAUCUUGUGAUUCUGUAUUCUGAGUCCUUACUCCCACAAGACAGCCUUGUGGCUAAUCACGAAGAGCAGCAGCCCAGACAAAUUGGGAAGAAAUGCCUUUGGCCUUCAGUUCCUUGUUGUGGUUUCUGUCAUAAAUGUAAAGGUGCCUCUUCCUUGUUUAUAUUCAGUACAAGUUCCUCAGGUCCCAUAUGCAUACGGCAGCAUUAUUUCUAUUUAGCAUAUACCUCAUCUGGGAGAGGCAGUCUCACCUCCACCAAGUCCUUACUGGACUUUGUGAAACACUCUGUUCCUCACAAGAUAUGCUAUGAAAUACACUUUCAGGAAAUGUUCUUUGUUGAAUUAAGGCCAUGAGCUAUGUGUUAAGGCUGGUGGCCAGAGGUCUCAAGCUCCAUGUAUGACAGCUUCCCAGGUCUGGGAUGGUAACUGUAGUACUGAGCGGAGCUGAUCAACACUUGCAUGUGUGGUCUCCUUAACAUAAAUGUAUUGUAAACAUGCAGGUUCCCAGGUAUCUCCGUUACUGAGCUGCUUUACUUUCUUCUUCCGCUGUUGUAGUUUAAUUGCUGCUUCAGGGCUCCAUAUAGCUAUACCUUGUGCAAAGUGAAUGUACAGUGUAAGAAGAAUCCUCAGUGCAAACACCUAGCACACCAUCUGGUUGUGUUAUGUUUGCCUUGCAUAUGAAGUGGAAGAUCGACUACUGGUUUGUAUCCAAGUGAAGCAUCUAUUUUAAAAGGCUUUUAAGCAAGACUGUUGUUUUCUUUUGUGGAACACAAGGAAUACUGCAGGGAGGAAAACUCUCCUGUUGGCUGGGAAGUAAACUUCCAUAGUUCCUUUGCAUGAAUCCAGGUACUUUGCCAUUAACCAGCAUUCAGAUCUAGGGUGAGCCCCACAGAGCUGGAUUUCUUGGUAAAGCAGAAGAGUUUGUAGCAUUAUUUUUCUCAGACACUCCUACCGCACUUACUGCUCUACUGAGAUGAUGGACUGUUGGGAUGAUAGCUCUUUUUUCCUUCCCUCAUCUCAGUAAACACACACCUUCUGGUCUGGUAACUCAAUAGUGAAAGUAUUUACUGGGUAAAUGAAACUAGUUCUGUUUGGAGUGAGUAAACUUGAGAACCACUCUCAAACUUUGUUUUGAAAGCUUAUUUCAUGAUUUCAGCAUUAACUAUGUUUCUCGUGUACCAUUUCAAAUGCUGAUAAAGUGUUCUGUAAGGAGUUUUUUCACUUGUUACUGUUGAUUCUAUUUGAAUGCUUCAAAACCAGCUUUGGCUGCGUAACUUAAAGGUAAUAGUAUUUUCUAGUCUGAUCUUUAAAAAUAAGUGUCAUACCCAUACAUGCUGGAGCUAUUACACUUCCCUUCUUCCUGGCAGCUUUUUGAUACAAGUGCUGGACUUUAAAUAGAUGUCUGAGUGGUAAGCAUUGUUCUUAUUUUGGGUUCUGGUCCAAGUAGUAUGAAAGAGUUAGCAUGAUACUGCAUUUUAAUCACAUUUUUCUUUUCAAGCGUGGUCACUUUGUGUGUCAGGGUACAGUAGUAGUGCUGUAUUGGCAGAGUAAUUGUAGAAGGAUUUGUUUUUGUCCUUUGUGAGGCUGGGAAUGGGGCUCAGAAAAGACUAAAGCCACUAUUGGGCCAGUUCCAGUAGGGACAGAUCCACCCUGAAGCAAAAGCAUGCCAGGAACCCAUCAGAAACAUGAUCUGAAAGCUGGUUUGUGCUCUAAAAAGGAUUCUCCUCCAGUUCUUUGGGAAGCUCUGGAUGGCAUGGAAAGGCUGUUAUCUUCCCAGCAAAACACUGUGACGUUUUAGUGGGAUUUCCUGGAAUUAGUGUUCUGCUUCAGAGUGUGAGUGUGGAGCAGAGCUGCGAGUGAUCACAGUGACAAAUUGCAGUAGUCUCUGAAUAUAACCUAUUUUUUUUUGUACUUCAUGCACCAGCCAAAGGAAGCUUGGUUUCACCUGUGGUAACUCUCCUUUUAGUGCUGUUGCAGUAGUUGGUCACUUUGCUCACCAUGUUUUUUUCCUUCUGGAAGUGGAAAGAAGCUUCUCCAAAACUGUCAUGUUUCUGUUCAUCGAGCUCAUAGUCUCAACACAGCUGUGGGCUCAGAGAGCUGUUGGUAGCGAUCUGGCUAUCAUGAGAACCAAGAGGGGUGUUUAAAUGCAUUUUUUUUUAGUGUGGUAGGAAAACUGACCUGGCUUGAUUCCUCCUCUUGCUUAAAGCUGAGCUGCAGAUAUGCUCUUGAAAAGAGCUGUGCUUGUCUGUCCAUUGUAAAGGAAGGGUCUGUCACAGGUGGUGCAGUCUUGUUUUCCCUAAGACUUGCUAACAUGCCACAUGGAAUGUUAAAUGGAAUUGACAAGUUAGAGCUGUUGAUGGUCGCAGGUAGGAACAGGAGAGUCUGUUGGGUAUGUGAUUUGAGUUGGUGUGGACAGCCCAGCAUUUCUUCAGUAUUCUGGCCAGGGAUUCCACCUCACUUGCUCGGUUCUCAGCUUCUCAUGAGUUCUUGGCUCCUCUCUAUUUAUCCAUGUAGUUGCAGGUAAAUAAACAGAGCUUGGGAAAAAGGAAGAGGAACAAAAAAAAAAGAACCUUUCAGGCUUGCUUAUCUCUUCAAAGGAAAUAUAAAUUGGGGUUACAAAUGUAUCUUACAGAUUUUCUUCAUUAUUCUAAUUUUUAUGAAGGUUCUUCACAAGCCUUCACACCUCAUGUGAAUUAAAAGAAAAAUGUAGGAGGUAAGGCUGGUUUUCGGAGGGGUUGAGGGAAUGGAGAGGGGAUAGUUUUUAGGAUGAAGUGGCAGUAGUUCUGCAGGCUCUGUGCAAGCCACAUGCCACUGGCUAAAGCAGACACACACUGUUCUUGAAAAAUCAUUUGUCAGCCUCGGCAGGUCGCAAAGAUAUUUACCUUUUGUGGUGAUAAGAGUUUUCAUUUUUUGGCAGUAGAACAAAAAUACAAGUUGCUUGAACAAUCAGACUACAGGCGAAACUGGUGGCUGUCAAGAUUUCCUUUUAACAGGGCAUGUUUAUACUUUUCUCGUGGGCGAUUCAGUUUUCAAGUUCCCUGGAAGUCUGUUCUGUUCAUGUCAUGGUAAUUAGGGAUAGGUGUUGCUUUCCUCUUGGAUUAAAUACACGGUGGAGAGCCCCUGGAAGGCACCUUCUUGGGAGCCAACCAUAGUAAAAGUCUCAUGCAGGAAAGUCCAGCAUGAUGGAGAUGUUUACCUUUCAACAGUGUUAGCAGCUGCUACAGUUCUGGGUAUAUUUGUAAAAUUGGUCUUUUAUAUACCAUAUGAAAGGGACUGAAAGAAUUUCUUUGCUGUUGUACCUGUGGGAGUACAAGCCAUUUUACAGGAAAAAAGUCUCAGUAUUGUCACUGACUCCUUCAGUGUUUUCUCCCUGCUGGUUGGCUGUCAGGGUUUAACUUUGAUUUGCAAAGUACAUAAAUAACUUAAACAGUUUCUCCUACCCUUUUAUCCCCUUUCUGCUCAGAAACAAAAACCUGUGCUUUUGAGGAUUCUUACGUAUUCAAGGUGUAGUGGAGUGUACUCAGGUGUGAGCACCCUGAAAUUUCAGUUCAUUCACUUCCCUGAUUUUUAAAUUGAACUGCUUUCAAUGCCAACUGCCUUACUGCGGUGUUAACAUAAUUGCUAAAUAAAAGCAAUUUCCAGG